AUGGACCGCAGCCGGAUGAAGGGCCUCGCGAGCCGGCGGCUCGAGCGCCCGGCCGCGUCGUCUUGUUCCUCCGCCGAGGACUCCGUGUCUCCAUCGGCUUCUUCCCUCUUCACGCGUUCUCUGGAUCUUCCUCCUACCAGCUUCAGAAUCGGCGGCGGAGAGGGCGAGAUGGAUCGGAUUUGCCAGACGCUUGGGAUUGCAAGCCCCGAUGAUUUCGGCAUCCCUGUCGAGGUGUGGGAAGCGAGCAGGAAGCGAUCCUCCUCGGAUGUUCUCCCGAGGUUAAGGUCUCUCGGGCUCGAUAGUCUGAAAAUUCAGGCGGAGGAGGUGGGCGAAGCUUAUUCUCGUUGUAUUGUUGCUGGUAGUUCUGCGGAACGGGACGAUACUGAGUCCACGCGUCCGGAGUCGAGUGAGUUGAAAGAGUGGAACACGAGUCUUGUCGACCUAACUCGGAUCGGCUUGGUCCAGUCCACAGGAUUCUCUGCCACUGCCGAGGGUAGCGGGAUCAAGGGCAUAAGACCACCGUUACUGAAGCCCCCUCCGCCGAUGAAACUACCGCCCCCGAUCGAUCCGCGGUGUUCUUCUUGGGAUUUCUUACGGAGUUUUGCACCGGAUAGUGGACCAGGACGUUCGUCCGAGGCGAAUCAGCGGCCGGUCUCCUCGUCGUCUUCUGACGAUGGCUAUAGUGAAGAAAAAGUGGGUGGAGAUGCAGAGAAGGAAGAGACAAAAGCAGACAGGCAUGACAAAGGGAGUGCUCUUCAGUCGGGGGAUACAGCUGACGAAUCAUGCUCCUUCACUACAAACGACUGUGACACUUCGAGCACGAUGUCUCCUUCACCAAAUUAUCCACCCUUGUCUAUCAUCACGUCUUGGCAGAAGGGUCAGCGUCUGGGACAAGGGUCGUUUGGCACUGUCUAUGAAGGAAUUGCUGGAAAUGGAGAUUUCAUUGCCAUCAAGGAAGUCUCAUUACUUGAUCAAGGAAGUCAAGCUCAAGAAUGCAUACAACAACUUGAGUGGGAGAUCACACUUCUGAGUCAGCUUAACCAUCCAAACAUUGUGCGGUAUCGAGGUACAUGCAGGGAUGGAUCGAAUCUGUACAUUUUUCUUGAGCUUGUUAGCAAAGGGUCCCUUCUAAGCCUCUAUAAGACGUAUCAACUCGGAGACUCCCAGGUAUCCGCUUACACGAGGCAAAUUCUCCAUGGUUUGAAGUUUCUCCAUGAUCAAGGCUUUAUCCACCGGGACAUAAAAUGUGCAAAUAUACUAGUUCAUGCAAAUGGAUUGGUGAAACUUGCAGAUUUUGGAUUGGCAAAGGUGACGAAAUUGAAUGAUAUUAAGUCCUGCAAGGGAACUCCAUUCUGGAUGGCUCCAGAGGUGAUAAACAGGAAGACAAACGAUGGGUAUGGGCGUUCUGCUGACAUAUGGAGUCUAGGCUGCAGCGUGUUGGAGAUGCUUACGGGUCAAAUCCCGUACUCUGGUCUGGAACCUGCUCAAGCUCUGUUUAGGAUCGGAAGGGGCGAGCUUCCACCUGUGCCCAACACUCUUUCCCCAGAGGCUCGGGAUUUUAUCCUUCAGUGUCUGAAUGUGAACCCCGACGAGCGUCCAAGCGCUGCUGAACUCCUAAACCACCCAUUUGUCAGGAGGCCAUUACAAUCACCCCCCGGCUCUGGCUCUCAACAUCUCGGUGGUCAAGGCUAGUUCCUUACAUCCCAGUUUUGGCUUGCCACUUCUUCAGAUCAUCGAAUGGGUGAAUGCAGGUUCGAAGCCAAACAAGAGAGCAGAAACUGCUGAUAGGUUUAUUAUGUGUUGUUGUGUUCUGUCUUAGAGCCAAUGAUUGGAAGUUGUAGGGGUAAGGAGUCUGUUUUCUUUCAAUUGAUUAUUUUUUUUCCUCCUUGAUGAAAGAGAAGACACAGAAGGAAGGGAGAAAACUUGCAUAUCAUUGCUGUAGCUUUGCGAAUGUGCUUUGCAGUAUCUAUCCUUGUAUCAUUGUUGUAUAAAUAUAUAUAUAUAUAUAUAUAUAUGAUUUGUAUUGUAUGUGA